AUGUUUGAGAAGCAUCUGCCAACUGUGGAACUCUCCGAGCCGCAUCGUCAGCGAGCGACCUCUGCUCGUCGCGUUGUACUUGGUCGCAAGGGCCAGAGAGAGAGAGGCGUCCACUUUGCUGAGGAGAGUCGAAACGCGUUACACAGAGCUCAUGCCGCCGGCCUCGAAGACCGUUCCGAAGAGCUAUCGCUGCAUCUGCUUCAACUAGCUUACCUCGGAGAUACUUAUAAGCUGGCCGCAUCGUUUUUCCACAUCUCCCACUCAAGCCCUUAUCCACGUAGACAAGAAAGCCUCCUAACCCGCCUCCCAAGUAUCGUGGACACUGAAUAUCAAUCCCAAAUGGCCAGAGGAAACCAGAGAGACAAGGCCCGUGAGGCUAACCUGAAAAAAAUGGCCGAACAGAAAAAAGGCAACACCAUGUCGGGAACUGCAAUGGCCGCCGAAAAGGAGAAGGUUGCGGCGAAGAUGAGGGAGAAGCAGGCUGCCGCUUUUGUGUCCGUAUUGCUCAACCCAAAUGUGUCCCUUCGUAAUGCUGGGAAGGACGAUGGAAAGGACACUGGAAAGCGGGAUCCUUACGGCUUAGCAUCACCAGCCUCUACACUCGAGGACAGCAAGAGACUAUUCUUCCCGCAAAAAGAGACUCGUCUUAGCUUUACCGGCUCUUUCUUUGGAGUCAAAGUGUGUGUGUUGGGUUAUCAAGCAAUAAUCGAUGUCGCGGCUUGCUUGACUUGCUUGGUCAUGCUCUUGGCUAACCGUUUCUUUCGACCACAGCCAUCCUUUCGUCUUCUUAUAAAACGCGUCCAACGUGUAACUCACUCUACUUAA